AAAACGCCUCAUCAGUCUCAGCGCAGCUUGAUGCCCAGUAGGCGCAUGCCAAGUUGCAGCUACGCCUCUCCCUCCACCUCAGGAGAGAGGCGGCAACGGCGCCAAUGGUUGGGCUGGGCCGAAGCAGGGUAGGAGUUCCUUUAAGUGCCCCGGAUGAGGCCGAGCGGGCUGGCCGGAAGAAAGAAAGCAGAAGGUAGGAUCGAAGAAUGAGAUGUUUUCCUGAGAAAAAAGAAAAUAGAUUGGAGCUAUGUCUAUUUUCUGCAAAAUCUUACUGAAACCAGAGGUUGAGGAAUAUCUCAGGGCUACAUUUAAAAAUGAUGAGAUUACAACAUAUAUUGGUCCACAGAAAGCAGAAGAGAAAUAUGAGUCUUUGUUGAAUAACUUAGCGCACCCACCAGCUUUUACCAGUGUUCGAGUAAACACACAUUUGGGUUCUGCAGAAUAUGUAAGACAUCUGCUUUCCAAAGAAAUCCAAAAGCAAUAUGAAAAUCUUAGUGUUCCAGUUCUACAACAUCCAGAACUUCCUGACAUGUUGCUUAUUCCUGUUCUUGGACCCAGAAAGGAUCUGCAAAGAUUGCCAAAUGAAGUAAUUGUUGAUGCACAGUGUGGAAGUGCGGUGCUUCGUGGAGCACAUGUUUAUGCUCCUGGGAUUAUAUCUGCUUCAAAAUUCAUGAAAGCUGGCAGUGUGGUUUCUGUGUACUCUGAUAUUGAAGGGAAAUGCAAAAGAGGAGCCAAAGAGUUUUCCGGGAAUAAAGUUUUCAUUGGAAAUGGGAUUUCAGAACUGAGCCGCAAUGAAAUAUUUACUUCUAAUGGCCCAUUGAAAGGGCUGGGAAUAAAAAUGACUGAGCCAAUUUACCGUAGUCCCUCAUUUGACAAUAUGUUAUCCAGUUACGUAUUUUUACAGAAUUUGCCCUCAUCAAUUGUGAGUUAUGUUUUAAAUCCUCAGUCAGGACAGAGAGUCUUGGACAUGUGUGCUGCUCCCGGGGGCAAAACUACCCACCUUGCAACGCUAAUGCAUGAUAAGGGGGAAGUGAUAGCGCUGGACAAGAUAGCAGACAGAGUGAAAAAGAUUGAACAAAAUGCUGCAUUACUAAAUUUGAAUUGUAUCAAAGCUUUUUGUUAUGAUGGUACUAAGGCACUUACUGAUAGCAAAAUAGAGAAUGGACAAGGUAAUGUGACUUUUAACUAUUGUUCAUGGAAUAAUUACAGAGAUUGGGAGCCCCAUGUUGGAGGAGAAGGCAUGAUGGGAGCUGGACUGUCACCUGAGCAUCUGAAACUGCUACAGAGAUUUGAUCCAUCUGAAAUUAUUUUGCAGGGAAUUGACUAUUAUUCUUUGCAAAAUGUCAACUAUGAAGAUUUGAUACGUCUAGCAAACAAAGACUGUAUAGGAUUUUUUAUUGCAAAAUUUAUAAAAGUGUAGUGAAAAUUGCUUUAGACAUCAAUGUAAAUAAAUCUAUGCUUUCUUUUUAGCCUUUGGAGUAUUCCAAACUAUGCUUUGUGCUCCAGCUAUGUUGCCAAGCCAACAGCUGACGACAUAAUUGCCAUAGCAGCAGUAAAAUCAGCCAGCUGUUUCUCCUGGGAGAAAUCCUCAGGUUGGAGAAACAAGUCUAAGGAAAUGGGCCAUUGCAAUUUGGAAAGUUUCAAGUUUCAUUUGGUUUUACAUUAAGAACAGAUCACUAAUUAUGGAAACUUGUUUGCUCAGUUUACCCAUAUGGUUUUGUUUACUAUCACGCAUAGUAGUAAUCUUACUUUCAAACUAUACUAUACUGAGUUCAAAAUAAAGUUUGAAUGGAUUUUAAUACACUUUGUAACUGGGCUAUCAAAUUUGUAGCCCAUGGGCUGGAUGCAUCACGCGCUGGCCAUGCUCACACCCAGUUUAAGUCAUGAUACGUCAUAUGACGCCACCAUGAUGACGUGAGUUUGACACCCCUGCUUUAUAACAUCUUACAGAUUGCGUUUGCAAAACAAUUUUAUAAUAUUAAAGAGCUUCAUUUAAUCAGAACUGGUAUUAAGUGAGCAUCUGACUUCUUGUUAUUAUAAUUAAUCAUGCUUCUCCACAAAAUUAAGUGUUUGCCUGGGCCUAACAGCACAACGAUGCAUGUUCAUUUAUGAUCUCAGGAAUGCUGACUGUUCCAAAUCAGAUGUGUUGUGUUUGAUUCUGGAGCAGAACCAAAGAAGAAAUACUGAACUGAAGAAGCAAGGGAAACCUGUCUUCUGAAUACUCAUGUCCUUCUUAAAUUUUAGUUUCCCUUUAAAACCACUUAUUAGCAAAUUUUGCCAUGGAGAUAAAGCAGUUGUACAAUUGUAUAUGCAUUGUAUGAAAAACUCUCCACUAAGACCCAGUGUUUUAGUGCUUGGAUUUUAAUAUCUGUAUGUGUUAACAUUACCCACAUCAAAUUUGAUUUUAUUUUUCUUAUUCAUGGUCUCCUUCCUUAUUUUAGGAGCUGCCCCUCAAACAAAAGGAAGUCCACUAGUUUCAUACUGUAUCAUUUUGGUUACACUUUUUCAAGUUCUAUGUACCUUUUUGACACAUAUGAAUAAGAAUAGCAGACUUGCAUCUUUUAUUUAUAACUAAAUAAAUUUUAAUUAAAAUGUC